CUGAUUCAUAAGGGCGUUGCUCCCUCCCUCAUGGAUCAUGGUAUUCCUUCCAACUCCAGCCCGCUUUUAUGCCACCUACUUAAGUUACGCCUAUGAAUCGCCAUCUCGGGCCGCUCCAGUAAAUCCAUGUCCCUCGAACUUUUUAUCGAGGGCCGGUGCGGCCUUUGCAUGCUUAAUUUUGGCGUCUCCGAGAAAGUUGAGCAGGUCACUUUCGUGGAUGAUCCCUACACCUUUGUCAAAUCCACAUGUGGUGGGAACCUCACCAGGUAUGAACCCAGAGUGCGAUACGUCCAGUUCCAUGCGGGAUGCCUCCGCUUGACCAACUUUCGCUUGGCCCAGGACUUGGUGAAGGCGCUCCAAUACAGUACCGAGCCGUCUACGAACGAGAAGAGACGACGAUCCGACUGGGCUCGACACAACCUUACGAAUCAGUUAUUGAAGAGCUCGCAUCAGAAUAUCCCCCAUUUUGCUGCCUUUCCCCCUGAGGUAUGGAGAUAUGUAGCUGAGGAUCUCUUGAGCGAAUACCUCGCACUAAAGGCCAUCUCUCUGUGGAAAUCAUGCCUAGAUGACGCUUGCGUGACCUUGUCAAAGCCGAUAUGGUGUGGGUUUGUCGACUUUGAGGGCAAAAGGUACCUCUCGUCAUUGAGGAACAGCCGCCAUAACGGGGCCAAAAAGAUAUAUGACCCAAGCAAGCCAGUCGAUACCUUACACGUGGCCGAAGAUCAUAUGGGGGUCACUCAAUUGAUCUUUAGUGUCUCUUCAGAGCCACCAACAGUGAAACCAGUUCCUGGUACAUGGUGGAGAACAAUACGACCUCACCCGUACGGCAGAAUAUCUGCAAAGGCUGAUGGCAUAAAACUGCAUCAUCUGGAUGCAACACCCUGCUUACCUGAUUUCAUCUACGACUCGAUUGGAUGGCCGACUCCUACUCGCCAGCUCUUUCGAUUUUCCCAAUUCCUCUUCAAAUAUCCACCGCGGAUGACAUUCUUCACAUGCAACGACCCAUCUACCACCGGCUACUCAGCAUGUUCUAACGGUGGACUUGUCACCUUCCACGUCCACAAAAGCGGCGAGGACAUGGGGUUCUACAAAGCUGCACAUUCGGAGGGUGCUAGCUGGAAUUACAUGCCUAUGGGCGAGAAUGAAACAAUCACAGAAAUUUGGCGACUUCAAAAGUGGAAGAUGUCAUUGGGGAUCAAAACCAGCAAAGGGCGCAUAUUCAUUAUCGGUGCUCGCGAUUUCGAUAAUCAAUUCCCAAAUAUCUGGUGUCUGGUCGAUACGCCGACCCAACAGCCGAGCCAAAUAUAUUUCGAAGACUCCUGUACAUCUAUCGAAACGUUCGCCUUCGAGACCCCGGAGCCCGACUGUACAGGAAGGCAUUUUUUCGAACCGAAGCCGUUGAUCGCGCAUUUUGGGGUGAAUUAUUUUGAAGACUUCUUUUUCAACUCGGCGGACCUCGAAGGCUUAUGCGCGGUAAUGCCAUGUAAGCCGAGGGGCUUAGAAACAUCUGUUGGCAUGCUGCUCCUUUAUUCGGACGGCCAUCGAGAGAGCAUCGGAGAGGUCCGCCUGGAUUGCCUGGCGGCGCCAAUCAAAAUUAUUCCCUCUGGGUCUCUGUGGCUAGGUUUCGAGCUGAAGGAUGGGAGGCUCCCAAACGUGGCCGAGGUUUCUCUUGUUCCUUCAGGGAGGUCGUGUCAAUACCUUCAACUGCGUUGUUUCGGAAGGUUGGAGUGGCAGUGGUCCUACCGACAAUGCACCGUGUCGUAUAGGCACCAGCACAGCCCGCCUAUGUAUCGUUGGCCUUACUAAGUAGCCCCUGUGAACUGGGUCGAAAAGAAGACGAAUCUUCAUGGCUGAGAUGGAUUUGUACAGAGUAAAAACCCGUUGCUAUGAAUCUGAAUCUUCUCCUGAAGGCGCUACCUGACAGCCGGAAGCGGGGCAACGUUGUAGAAAUGAAUGAAUAUGCAGGCCUGAUCACAAACAAAUGGCGGCAAUAUUCAUCCUCGAUACAGAAGUUUCAAUCUAAAAAUCUAUGAUAUAGGUG